CGGAUAACUCACGUAGCUUUCUCAUGCUAAGCUACGACCACACUCUAUUCCUGGAACAUUGGAUGUAAAAUCCCGUAGAGCAGUCGAGCCUGUUCAACCAGAAUCGAGGGAUUACGAAUAUGGAUCCUAGGAGGUUACCCAUCCCAUAUCCACUCUAUCGGGACGGCCUAGUCGAGGCGCAGAGCAGUCGUAAUGGGAGCUCAUGCGAAAAGGGAUGCCAAGUUGUGGGUAACAAAAAUAUCCUGAUGGACUUCAUCAGAGUGAAGGUCUACUUAUAAAGCAAAGCAACAGUUACCGCAAUGGAGGAGGUUUUAAAUCAUCAUCCCCAGCAGCAAGACCUCAUCCAGUCCUUCGCUUUAGACUACUACCCAAGCUUUCCUACUCACUUAGAUCCAAAUCUCUCUCUCAAGCCACAGUCUAGCGUUGACUUACACACAUCUUAUACGACAAGAUGAAGUUCACUCCUCUCGCUUUUGCUGUCCUCUCUUUAGCCGCCACCGAAGUCCUUGCUCACCCCGAGAAGCUGACCAAGGAGAACGCGAAGAAGGAGGCAGCUCUGGCCGGUCGCUCAACCAACAAGUGCGCUGCCGCAAUUGAGAAGCGCAAAGCUGAGAUCAUUGCCAAGCGCUCUCAGCGCCUCUACGAGCGCCGCGUCGAGAAUGGCGAUAUCCUUCCCAACGUCCACGGCAUGUCCAAGCGCAACACCCUCCAGUAUACCAGCAUCCAGAACAACACCUGCCUCCUGGCCCCUGAGACCAUUUUUGGCCCCUACGGUGUGGACGGCGAGUUAGUCCGCCACGACCUUCGCGAAACCCAGUCCGGUAUUGACUUCUACCUCGAUAUCGGAAUCAUUGACGUCGAGACCUGCGAGCCGCUUGAGGGAGCCUCGGCCUCCAUCUGGGCCUGCAACGCCACUGGCUCAUAUGCUUCUUUCACUGGCAUUGACCCCGACACUUCUGAGUUGCUCGAUGGCUGGAGCAAGCGAUCCGACGGCACGACCGAUGAUGAGACUUUCCUCCGCGGUAUCCAGGUCUCCGAUGAGGCUGGCAUGAUCGAGUUCCUCACCAAGUUCCCUGGCUACUACACUUCCCGCUCUACCCACAUCCACGUCGCUGUUCAAGCCAAUGCCUCUGACGGUGUCGGCUUCAGUCAGAGCGCCCUCCAGCACGUUGGACAGCUCUUCUUCGAGGAAGACCUUCUUUCUCAGGUCUACGCCGUCAGCCCGUACUCUGCCCACCUCGAGACCCUGAACCGCACGACCAAUGCCGAGGACUCUGUCCUGUCCAGCGCUAGCGAGGACGGUUACAGCCCCUUCAUUAGCGUCUCUCUUCUCGGUGACAGCGUUGAGGACGGCCUCGUUGGCUACAUCACCAUCGGUGUCAACUCUACUGGUGACAGCAUCGCUACGACUGGUACCGAUGUCAACCCCCAGGGCUGGAUCCCCACCGUGUCUGUGGGAACAGAGAAGAUGGCGCAGGCUACUGCUGCUGACCGUGCUGCCGGUUACACUUCUUAAGUGAACCGUCACAUUCGGACUCGCCGGAGUUGAUCCUUUGAGUCACUAGCACAGGAUCAAGGGGUAUUGUAUGGCAUGGGAUGGGAUAGGAAAAUGGUAGCAUAGCAUGGCGUUUCAGCACAGAGGUUC